GGUGAACUUUUUUUCUUGUUAUUACCUCACCUCACUGCCUGUGAGGGCUUCAUUUCUCCAUAUCUGAGCUGCGAAAGCAGAGAAGAGGAGGAGGAAAUGGGUACAGAAUGCUUAACGUUCUUCUUCGCUCUGCUCCUAAUUUCCGGCGCACACUCCUUCUAUCUCCCCGGCGUUGCACCGCGAGAUAUCCAAAAGGGUGAACAACUUCCUGUCAAAGUGAACAAAUUGUCAUCUACCAAGACACAGCUCCCAUAUGAUUAUUACUACUUGAAUUACUGUAUACCACCCAAGAUUCUGAACAGUGCAGAAAAUUUGGGGGAGGUACUCCGGGGUGACCGCAUAGAGAAUUCUGUGUAUACUUUUGAAAUGAGAGAGGAUCAGUCUUGCAAAGUAGCCUGCAAAAUAACACUUGAGGCUGAAUCAGCAAAGAAUUUUAAGGAAAAAAUCGAUGAUGAAUAUCGAGUCAACAUGAUUCUUGAUAACCUUCCGGUUGCUGUUCUAAGGCAAAGGAGAGAUGGAAGUCAGUCAACAACUUAUGAACAUGGUUUCCGUGUUGGGUUCAAAGGAAAUUAUGCUGGGAGCAAGGAGGAGAAGUACUUUAUCAACAAUCACCUGAGCUUUAGAGUUAUGUUUCACAGAGAUCUUGAGACUGAGUCUGCUCGUAUUGUGGGGUUUGAAGUUUCUCCAAACAGCAUUAAUCAUGAAUUCAAGGAGUGGAAUGAAAAGAAUCCUCAGGUAACAACUUGCAACAAGGAUACCAAAAAUCUUGUUCCAGGUAGCACCGUUCCACAAGAAGUUGAGACAGGCAAGGUUGUUGUGUUCACAUAUGAUGUUACCUUCAAGGAGAGUGACAUAAAAUGGGCAUCUCGGUGGGACACAUACCUCCUCAUGAAUGAUGAUCAGAUCCAUUGGUUCUCCAUCAUAAACUCGCUAAUGAUUGUCCUCUUCCUUUCUGGCAUGGUGGCCAUGAUUAUGAUGAGAACAUUGUACAAAGAUAUUGCAAACUAUAAUCAGUUGGAAACACAAGAUGAGUCUCAGGAAGAAACAGGAUGGAAACUUGUCCAUGGAGAUGCAUUCAGGGUGCCAGUUAAUUACGGUUUACUUUGUGUUUAUAUUGGUACUGGCAUCCAGAUCUUUGGAAUGACACUUGUGACGAUGAUAUUUGCUUUGUUGGGCUUCUUAUCUCCUUCAAACCGAGGGGGGCUUAUGACUGCUAUGGUGCUCUUGUGGGUUUUUAUGGGGUUAUUUGCUGGUUACUCUUCAGCUCGUCUAUACAAAAUGUUCAGGGGCACAGAAUGGAAGAGGAAUACUUUAAAAACUGCUUUCAUGUUUCCUGGUAUCCUCUUUGCCGUAUUUUUUGUGCUGAAUGCACUGAUAUGGGAAGAACAAUCAUCUGGAGCUGUGCCCUUCGGGACAAUGUUUGCUCUUGUUUGCUUAUGGUUUGGCAUAUCAGUUCCCUUGGUCUUUGUUGGUAGUUACUUGGGUUUCAAAAAGCCAGCCAUUGAAGACCCAGUGAAGACAAACAAAAUUCCAAGGCAAAUACCUGAGCAAGCAUGGUACAUGAAGCCAGUGUUCUCAAUACUCAUUGGAGGCAUUCUUCCAUUUGGGGCAGUUUUCAUUGAGCUCUUCUUUAUCCUGACUUCAAUAUGGCUGAACCAGUUCUACUACAUCUUCGGCUUCCUUUUCAUAGUGUUUGUAAUUCUAAUGAUCACUUGUGCUGAGAUAACAAUUGUGCUCUGCUACUUCCAGUUAUGCAGCGAAGACUACCACUGGUGGUGGAGAUCUUACUUGACUGCAGGUUCUUCUGCUCUGUACCUUUUCCUCUACUCAGUUUUCUAUUUCUUCACCAAGUUGGAGAUCACAAAGCUAGUGUCAGGCAUCCUUUACUUUGGGUACAUGAUAAUUGUUUCCUAUGCCUUCUUUGUCUUGACUGGGACAAUUGGCUUUUAUGCUUGCUUCUGGUUCGUUAGGAAGAUAUACUCCUCUGUGAAAAUCGACUGACAUGAUAAAUCCAGGAUGAGGGUGAGGGAGGGCUUUGUGAACUACAGGCUUGAAUGGAGGAAAAGCAUAUUAGAUUAACUUCUUCGUCUCCAUCUCCCUCUGUGAGAUAAGAAUAUGAAACAUUUAUUCCUAUUUUCUUAUUUUUCUUUUUAUUUAGUAGGAUAGGUUUGGCUUCUUAUUUUGUAUACACUGUUACAAAUUUACUGUACUUGUCCUAGUUUCCUAGAAGUUUAAGCUGCAAGCUCCAUGUUUGGAUAUUUCUCAAUGAAACAGUGUAAAUUCUUGAAUGCUUCUUCAUUUGCUUA